GGCUUCAGAUCCCAAAGAAAUUUCGAGUGAGAAAAACAGAGAGCUGCAGGCCCCUGGUACCUGCACCCCUGGCUCCGCGUCCACCGCCCCCUGGACUGCAAGGCCGUCCGCGGGCCGCCGCCUGGCCGGGUCGGAUUGCUUACAUGCUGCUGCCUCCAGGCCCGCGUUCCCAGCCGUAAGCCAGCGCACAUUUAUAGAACACUUCCAUGUGAUCCUGGGGGAGGACGGACCGCGGGCCGAGGGCAGUGCUGAAAAAUUCUAAUAUCAAGAACAGAGGGCCUUUUCCCCUUCUCUGCUCUUCCUGCUGAGAGAUACUGGUUGCCUCUGACAAAAUUCUGAGGAACUCUGGGCAUCCCGAAUCACAAUGGGCAACGAGAGCAGCACAUCGGACAACCAGGGGACUUCGUCGGCUCAGGGUCCGGGAUCCACACAGCCACCUAGGAACAGUCAGAAUGUAAGAAGGAAGCAGGGAGAACAGACCGGAAGCCCUGACUAUGGAGACUGGGCCAGCUCUGGGCAUGGAGGUUCCUGCUCCGCUUCUGAGGGUGCAGCCAGCCUGGAUCCAUGCUUCGUGUCCCCAGAGGUGAAUGAACCAAGAAAGUGCUCACAGGAAGCCAGGGGGCCAGCCGGUUCUCCACUGCCCUGCCCACCACCAUCCUGGGAGCAGGCCUUCCCCUCGGUCUCCAUGCCCUUUGCCGAGUGCCCCCCAGAAGUUUGCUUGGCAAACCCAGUAGUGGCUGGUGAAGAUGGUUCCCUGCUCCAAGGCCCCAGGAUGGAACCUUCCGCAAAUGCCCCAGAGGAUGCUGUGGCAGCAUGUGUCCCUGAGGGGCAAAGCCCCACUCAACACAGUGAUGGGAGAGAGAAAGAGCUGAAGGAAGAGGGACAGAAGUCUUCCUCCUCCGGCCAGUUGCCAGAAAUUCCACCCGCCAACGAUCUGAUGAGGACACAGCUGUGUGGCGAGGGAACUUUAGGGCCUGGCGCUUUAGGGCCCUCAGGGAAAGAGGCUGCAGGUGUUUUCUCCCCUGCAGAGACCAGGCAGGGGGCAGCUUCUGUACAAGUGGCCCCUGAGGCCCCAGCUGCAGCCCAGCCGGGCAAGGAGAGCCCAGCUGGCAUGGAGGAUUUCCCCCAAAACCCUGAGACGCUGCUCCCACAAGACCCAGCCCCUGGAGCCUUGGACAGAGAAAAAUGCCAAAUGGAAGUGCCACUGUGGAAUCUAACCAAUGACUCGGAAUUCCUCGGGGCCUGCCGUCCUGCUCAAAGCACUUCUGGGGCUGCCCAAGAAGCUGAAGUGAAUGCUGUUUCCCAGGAAAGCUGCCAGCAGGAGGUGGGAGAGCCCCGGCUGCGCACAGAGCUGCCCUUGGACUCGCUGAGUCCUGCCCUGGUGCCCGGGGCUGGGGGCUCUCGGGAGGACACUGUGGACAUGAGUGAGGCUCAGAGUCACUCGGAGACAGGAGCUCGAGGAACCGAGCCUAGGGACAUUGUCCACGUUGCAGCAGGUGACCAGCCCAAAGCGGGUCUGCCUGUGAGUGCCGAGCCUUCUCCUCUUGUUCUGAUGGAGGAAACGCAUCCGGCUUCAAGCCUCCCUUCAGGCCCAGCUGCUCGGGCUCCUACUGCUGCAGAAGAUCCCAGCUGGGGGACCAGGGAGCCAGUUUCCAGGGCUGAGAUGCCAGUUCCCGGGGCUGAGACAUCAGGUCCUGUGGAUCCUGCCAACGAGCUGGCAGAAGCAGGGUGGACGGGCCUGGAGAAACACGUGUCAUGGAUCCAAAGUGAGAGACAGAGUCCAGGAGGGAGCCCCCGAGAAAGUCCUGUCCCCUCACCCGAGGAGGAGAGGGGCGCACUCUCAAAGAUGGAGCCAACCCGUGAAAUCCAGGAUCUGUCGCCCCCUCCAGCAACCAGUGCAUCAGAGGAAAGCACCAGAGGAUCCCCAGGGGUGAACGAUGAAGCCCAGGUCCCUGCGGAUGCCAAGUGGCCAGCUGUGGCCGAACAGGAAAGCAGCUUACCUGGAGAGAACCCCGGAGGACAAGAAGCCCCCCAGGGACCGGAAGGUGCAGAUCCCGGGAACCUGGGGGAAGAGGAAGCCCAGGCCUCGGGGGGCAAGCCCGACCCAGAGCCGCACAAAGACAAGGUUUCAAAGCCAAGUGGUGAUGUAGAGAGCCAAGUCCUUCCCAGCACAGACUCAGUUAGGAAGGAGGGGACAGGGCCCGACUGUCGGUCAGAGGACACUGCUGUGUGCUGGGCAGAAGCCCCCGGGGCCGAAGCGGCCAGCUCAGUGCACGAGCCCCGCGAGGAUGGCCCCGCCCCAGCUCCUGGGCCUGAUGGAGCCGUCGGGGCGGGACCAGGACUGCAGGCCCAGGGUCCUGACCCCCUUCAGGACCCGGCAGGGUUGGAAAGAAGGGGGUGUCUUCCAGCUUUGGAGGCUGAGGAAUCAGCUUUCCUGCCAACUCCUGCAGCUGAGGCUCUACCCAAAGCCCAGGCAAUGGGGAGUGCACCUGAAAUCAAGACUACAGGCCACCCGCCCGUGCAGAGGCCAGGCUGCUGGGAAAGGGAGGGUGAACGGACAUCCCCGGGCCCACCCCCCGGACUGGGGCGUGAUGCAGCUGGACAGGAAGUCAGCGCUGAUGUACCAUGUCCCCCCGAGGGGGGUGUAUUGGCAGUGGACAGCGGGCUCACAAUGCUCAACCUGAAGCAAGAUCAGCAGGGUUGGCUCCAGCCCUCUCUCUCACCUGACGAGGGUCUCCAGCCAUCCCAGCCAGACCCAGGAGCCCCCAUCUUUGAUCUGCUCGGGGAGAAGCCUCCACCAGCUGAACACAGGAAAGAGACUUAUCCAAGAGCUCCCGGUUUUGAGAACCAGGGCAUGGAUUCUUCCCAAAUACACGUACCCAUGGACUGUAGGGAGGAUUUGAAUUUGCCUGCCCAUGGAGGGCAGGAGCAGGCUUUUAGACCAGAAAUCCAAAGCGAGCUCCCCAAAGGCAGUCUGUCUGAUGCUCCAAGUUCAGAUCCCGAGGACACGGUUCUGGGGAGUCCCCCAAAAGAGCAGUCAGAGUUGUCUGCACUAGAGGAGAACGGGCAAGAAGGAGCAUGCAGGGGUGGUCAGCACCCGAGGGUCUCACCUCCUGCAGCUGACGCCCUAAAAGACUCUUCUCCUGCUGGUGACCUGAGCAGAAAGGAAUGUUGCUGUGCAGAUCAGGGACUGAGCAAGUCCCAACAGGAGUCGGGCGAUGCUUUGAAAGCAGGCAGCCAGUGUGAAGAAGCACGUCCAGGGGCUGGUGCUUCUGAGGCAGCUGACGCACUGCCCCCGUUUCAGGACUUGGGAAAGACAGAGAAGGCAAGUGGAGGCGGAGCAGGGGCCCCGCCUUGUUGUCCAGACUCAGCAGCCCUCCUGGAUGUGGCUCAGUGCCCACCAGCCCCAGUGCCUGCCAGCCCCGGGGUCACACCCACCCAGGAUGCCCCCGAGAGAGAGGCUGGUGAUGAAACCACAGGAGGCAGGCAGCAGCCAGUGCUGGCCCUGCAGAAGGACAUGGAGCAUCCUGCCCUCUCAGAUGCAGAGGCCCAGAAGCUUCUUGGAAGUUUCCCACUCACCGAGGACCAAGGUUGUGAAGGUGCUGCUGUUGGGACUGGUGGGAAUGCUGAAGGAGGAAACCUGGCGAUGCAGCAGGCUCCAGAGGAACCUGGAGACACUGCUGUGCAUGGCGGCUGCCUUCAGACUGAGCGCUGUCCCACUCCUGGGCACGAAGCUUCCACCGCUGCCCUAGGGGAGCUCUGCCAAGCUGAGCAGCCCUCUGCCAGCUGUCAGGAUGCCUGGCUGCCUGCCAGCGAAUCGGGUGCAAUUCUCAGGAGCCCCUUGGAUAUUUCUGCCUGCCUGGCUAUCCCCGAUCCUGAGAUGCGGCUGCCGGCUGGGCCACCACAAGAGGUAUGCCCUGACACUCCUUACCUGAAUAUAGGUGGUGCUGCCAGGAAAGCUGCAGAAAGCAGUGGGGCAGCAGCUGUUUCUUCUCAAGGCCCCAGAGCCCCUCGCGAAAGCCCUUGCCCCAAAGGAGAGCUGCUCUUUAUCUCUGAAAAUGCUGGCCCCGUGAAGCUGGCUGCUGGCCACCUUGACUCCCUGCAGCCAGGUGCUGCUGGUGCGGAAACCUCUGCAGUGCCAACCUGUGGUGGUGGAAGCCCCAAAGCUGGGCCAGGUGAGCCAUCUGUGGACUCUAUACCAUACCUGGACAGGACACCGCUUCUGGCCAAAGGUAAGCAGAUGACAGGUGAAGAGAAAUCAGCAACAGCUCCCGGAACAGGUGGGGAGGCCGGUGAGAGUUCCACAUGCCCUGUCAGUGAGGAGAGCACAGCAGGUGAGCCAACAAGGAAGAAAGAGAGCAGCGGUGAGAGGACAGUAGAAUCUUCCAGGGAGAUGAGGCAGGACACGCCGGGUGCUGUGGACACAAGUCCCAAGCAGGCCGGCAUGACUCUUGGGCUCCUCGACUUCAGGGGACACAUCACCAGGAUUUUUGAGAAGUCCGUGCUCGGAGCCCUGUCGGCCAAGCGGCCCCAGAGCACACCAGGGGAAAAGGCGGGAACUGGGAUGCCUCCGGUGGGCAAGGACCUGGCCGUGCCACUGAGCCCAGAGAAGCUUCUAGAUGGGACUCAGAUUACGACCCUUACCCCUCUCCCUGCACCGAAUGCUGCACCCUGGGUGGACUCAAAGGAUAAGCAGCAAGAGCUGGGUUUCAAGGCUGAGCUUCCCCAUCUGGUUCCCUGGGAUCCAGCUCCAGAAAAGCUGCCAGGUGUGGCAGGGCCCCCUGCAGAGCAGAACCUGCCAGGUGCCAGUUUGGAGAAGGAAGUGGUUGGUGUCCCACAGAUGGUGGAUACAACCGAGAUGCCAGAGGCAGCUGGGGAAGCAUAUCCAGGGCUUAGAGGCCAUGCUCACUCACAGCAGGGAAGAGGUGAGCAGGAAUUAGCAUCCAGUCUUUCUUCCCAUGUGGCUAUGCAGGAGAUUCCUAUGGGAAAAGCUGCUGAUUUCCAGGUGGCUCCCCAGAGCCACGGAGAAGGAGCCUCAUUUCAAGAUGAAAGAACAUCCACCUGCAACAGUCAACACAGAGAAGCUGGUGCCUGGGGCUUUGCUAGCACAGAGGGUUCAGGUGACAUGGCAGUUUCCACCUCUGCCCUAGAAUCAUCUUCUCCACAAGGGGAUGUGCUGGCUGGGCCCGAGGCCAGCAGAGAGCCCUGUGCGCCUGGUGCUCCUGGGGGUGACAGGAGGAGUAGAGGUGCUGCCGGGACCUCGGGAAUGCAAAAUGCCCAGGGCAGCCAGGGUGUCCCCGAGCCACUGGCUGGAGCAGCAGCAGACACUCCCCCGGAGCCCAGCCCAGUGGCAGGAGCUGUGCAGGAGGCAGAGGGUGAUGUCACUUUGAGCCCAGCUGAGACGGGGGCACGUGCCUCUGGUGAUCUGCCUGAAACAGGUACUACGAGGGUGUCCUCCGGCGGGCUGUGUGACAUGGCACAGCCAGGGAGCCCUCGGGAUCCAGGCUGCUCCGACCGGGCUUGGGGGAUGGAGGACACAGCCACCCUGGGCACCGACAGCCCGGCCGGGUACCAGCUGGCUGGGGAGCUCCCCACUCCCGCUGGCGACGGGAAGGGGCACGUCCCCUCACCUCCUGAACCUGAUGAAACUCAGGACCAGAAGCUGCCAAACUUACCUCCCGAAGAGCUUCACUUGGCAAGAAAGGGCCCCGGGCCUGGCCCAGCCCCCUUACCUGUGGUUCCUGAGACGGAGGCUCCAAGUGCCACCAGCGAGGUCACUGCAGAUGAGGCCGGAGAUGCAGGAGGAGCAGAAAGUGCACCUGUAGUGGCAGAUGCCAUCCGGCCGGCUGUCCCUACAGAUCUGGAAACCCCACUCUCAGCUGCCCCUUCCCACCAUGGUGAUGGCACAGGCCAGCUGUUUGCGGAUCUGACAGCCCAGAGGACCUGCCCAGCUGCUGCCCCGGGGGAGCUCACUGCCCCGGCCUCGGAACAGGCAUCUUUGGCUUCUGCCCCAGCUGGUGAUGGAGUAGACGCUUCCACGCCCUCCAGGCAGGAUCUGACCAAGGACUUAAGCAGGAGUUCUGACUCUGAAGAAGCAUUCGAGACCCCCGAGUCGACGACCCCUGUCAAAGCUCCACCAGCGCCACCCCCUCCACCCCCCGAAGUCAUCCCAGAGCCAGAGGCCAGUGCACAGCCGCCCCCGGAAGAACCAGGAUGUGUUUCUGAGACGGUCUCCAUCUCCGAUGGCCCACGGAGCGAGUCAGUGGAAGGGAGUCCUUUCCGUCCUCCGUCACACUCCUUCUCUGCUGUCUUCGAUGAAGACAAGCCAAUAGCCAGCAGUGGGGCUUACAACUUAGACUUUGACAACAUUGAGCUGGUGGAUAACUAUCAGACCUCGGAGCCUCGUUGCUCAGACCCUAAGAAUCAGGAAUGUAAAGCGAACGCACGGAGGAAGUCCACGGAUUCCGCCCCGGUCUCUAAGUCUACACUCUCCCGAUCUCUCAGCCUGCAGGCCGGGGACUUUGAUGGUGCUUCGUGUUCCAGCAACCCCGAGGCUGUGGCCCUCAUCCCAGAUGCAUACAGCACGGGGUCGAACAGUGCUUCCAGUACCCUUAAGCGAACUAAAAAAACGAGGCCGCCUUCCUUAAAAAAGAAACAGAGCACUAAGAAACCCCCUGAGACCCCCCCAGUGAGAGAGACACAACAAGAGCCAGCUGAAGAGGGUCCCGUCCCCAGUGCGGAGCCUCCAGCAUCUGAGACAAAAACGGAACCGGCCAAGACGGAAGGUUCCCGACCAGCCUUCUCGGAGGAGACACCCCUGGAGCCUGCUGCUGUGCCCCAACCCGCCUGCCCCCUGGACCUGGAGAGUGUGGAAGGGGCCGUCCCCCCAGCUGCUGGAGGCGGCAGAGUACGGAACUCACCCCCUGUUGGAAGGAGACCGUUGCCCCUCACCACGGCCCCAGAGGCGGUGGAGGUGACCCCAUCGGAUAGCGGGGGGCAAGAGGAUUCCCCAGCCAAGGGCCUCUCCGUGAGGCUGGAGUUUGACUAUUCUGAGGAUAAGGGUAGUUGGGACAACCAGCAGGAAAACCCCCUUCCUACCAAAAAGACAGGUAAAAAGCCGGUUGCCAAAAUGCCCCUAAGGAGGCCAAAGAUGAAAAAAGCGCCCGAGAAACUUGACAACGCUCCUGCCUCACCUUCCAGGUCCCCUGCUGAGCCCAAUGACAUCCCCAUUGCUAAAGGUACCUACACCUUUGAUAUUGACAAGUGGGACGACCCCAAUUUUAACCCUUUUUCUUCCACCUCAAAAAUGCAGGAGUCUCCCAAACUGCCCCAACAAUCGUACCACUUUGACCCAGACGCUUGUGACGAGUCCAUUGACCCCUUUAAGACGUCCUCUAAGACCCCCAGCUCGCCUUCUAAAUCCCCAGCCUCCUUUGACAUCCCAGCCAGUGCCAUCGAAGCCAACGGAGUGGACGGGGAUGGGCUGAACAAGCCCGCCAAGAAGAAGAAGACACCCCUCAAGACUGACACAUUUAGGGUGAAAAAGUCGCCAAAACGGUCUCCUCUCUCUGAUCCACCUUCUCAGGACCCCACUCCGGCGGUCACCCCAGAGAACCCGCCAGUGAUCUCCGCGGUGGUCCACGCGACAGAUGAGGAGAAGCUGGCUGUCACCAAUCAGAAGUGGACGUGCAUGGCGGUGGACCUGGAGGCCGACAAGCAGGACUACCCCCAGCCCUCAGACCUGUCCACCUUCGUAAACGAGACCAAGUUCAGUUCCCCCACGGAGGGUAAGCAACUCGGUGGCCAGCUGGACCCCCAACCUGCCUUGGAGAAAACUGCUCCUAGGGAGCAGAAGGCCAGGAAAGAAACACCUAAGCCAGAGUUGGAUUACAGAAAUUCCUAUGAAAUCGAAUAUAUGGAGAAAAUUGGCUCCUCCUUACCUCGUGACGAUGACGCCCCGAAGAAGCAGGCGUUGUACCUUAUGUUCGACGCUCCUCAGGAGAGCCCGGUCGAGACCCCUCCAGUCCGGAUGUCGGACUCCCCGACCCCGUGUUCAGGGUCAAGUUUUGAGGAGACCGAAGCCCUUGUCAAUGCUGGGGCGAAAGUCCAGCAUCCUGUCUCACGAGGGCUGGUCCCCAACCAAGAGCCACCCUUGCAGGUGCCAGAGAAAUCCACCCAGAAAGAGCUGGAGGCCAUGGCUUUGGGGACAGCUUCAGACACGAUCGAAAUUACCGCUCCUGAGGGCUGCUUUGCCUCUGCUGACGCCCUCCUCAGCAGGCUGGCCCGCCCAGCCUCCCUCUGUGGCCCGCUUGACUAUCUGGAGCCCGACUUAGCAGAAAAGAACCCCCCAGUAUUUGCUCAGAAACUUCAGAGAGAGGUCACUCACCCAGCAGAUGUCUCCAUCUCCAAAGCAGCCUUGUACUCCCGCAUGGGGACCUCCGAGGUGGAGAAGCCCCCGGGCCUUCUGUACCAGCAGCCCGACUUGGACUCGGCGCUCCAGCUUGCCAGGACGGAGAUCAUAACCAAGGAGAGAGAGGUCUCAGAGUGGAAGGAUAAAUAUGAAGAAAGCAGGCGGGAAGUGAUGGAGAUGAGGAAAAUAGUGGCCGAGUAUGAGAAGACCAUCGCACAGAUGAUAGAGGACGAGCAGAGGGAGAAGUCCGUCUCCCACCACACGGUCCAGCAGCUGGUCCUGGAGAAGGAGCAAGCCCUGGCCGACCUGAACUCCGUGGAGAAAUCCCUGGCCGACCUCUUCAGGAGAUACGAGAAGAUGAAAGAGGUCCUGGAGGGCUUCCGCAAGAAUGAAGAGGUGCUGAAGAAGUGUGCACAGGAGUACCUGUCCCGGGUGAAGAAGGAGGAGCAGAGGUACCAGGCCCUGAAGGUGCAUGCAGAGGAGAAGCUGGACAGGGCCAACGCCGAGAUCGCCCAGGUCCGAGGCAAGGCCCAGCAGGAGCAGGCCGCCUACCAGGCCAGCCUGCGGAAGGAGCAGCUGCGUGUGGACGCUCUGGAAAGGACGCUGGAGCAGAAGAAUAAAGAGAUAGAAGAACUCACCAAGAUCUGUGAUGAACUGAUUGCCAAGAUGGGGAAAAGCUAACUUUGAACCAAACGUCCGGACUUGACCGUCACCUGCAAUCUGACCAUCGGCACACUGCUGUCCUUGCGGUUCUGUGGACAGGUUCUUUUUUCACUUUUUCGUAUGCACUACUGUAUUUCCUUUCUAAAUAAAGUUGAUUUGAUUGUAUGCAGUACUAAGAGACUAUCAGAAUUUCUUGCUAUUGGUUUGCAUUUUCCUAGUAUAAUUCAUAGCAAGUUGACCUCAGAGUUCCUGUAUCAGGGAGAUUGUCUGAUUCUCUAAUAAAAGACACAUCGCUGACCUUGGCCUUGCCCUUUGUACCUGAGUUCCCAGGGUGAGCAGCUUUUGGAUUUAAAAUGAACAUGUACAGCUUGCACAGGGACUCUUGCCUUAAGGAGUGUAAACUUGAUCUGCAUUUGCUGAUUUGUUAAAAAAAAAAAAAAAGGAAAAAAAAAAAGAAAAUGCAUGUUCCAAA